AGUGGAAAUGAGACUGUUAUGGAAUCAUCAUCACCAAUGCACUUAAGGGUGUAUACAGGAAACCCACCCAACUUGUUCAACCAUUUCUCCCUAUUGGCAGUUACAAAAGCAUCCUCGAGAUAAUUGUUUCAACAUCACUCUCUCACGCAACUCAUGCUUCUGAUCUACAAGUUCUAUAAAAUCCUCCACGCAAACAACAAAACCAUUGCCCACCUCCAGACACAAUUUCAUCUUCAUCAACAAAACAAAGUAACAAAGAACUAUAUCUGCAAAUUUGGCAGCAACCUAUAUAAAGAUUUUGUUUCCUUUCUCCCAAAUUGUUUAUUUUUUCAAGGAAAAAGGAUGUCUGAGACAUCAAAGUCAGAGUCUGUCGAUCCAGAAGUUUCUGGAGGGUUUAGUUCAAAGACCUUGAUGCAGAGCACUGUUCAUGAGCUGAAGCUGCAGAUGAGAAUUGGUUUGCCAUUGGUGGCUAUGAACUUGAUGUGGUUCGGUAAGAUGACCACCACGUCUGUGUUUCUUGGCCGUCAAGGUGAGCUUAACCUAGCCGGAGGUUCUUUAGGUUUUUCCUUUGCAAACGUUACUGGCUUUGCUGUUUUGUAUGGAAUCUCUGCUGCAAUGGAGCCUAUUUGUGGCCAAGCUUUCGGAGCCAAGAACUUUAAGCUUCUCCACAAAACCCUUCUCAUGGCAGUGCUCUUGCUACUCUUGGUUUCGGUACCAAUCUCUUUCUUGUGGCUCAACGUUCACAAGAUCCUUAUUGGUUUUGGUCAAAGAGAAGACAUUUCCUUCAUAGCCAAGAGAUAUAUUCUCUACCUCCUUCCUGAGUUGCCAAUCAUCUCUCUGCUUUGUCCUCUUAAGGCUUAUUUAAGCUCACAAGGUGUUACUCUCCCAAUCAUGUUCACAACAGCCGCAGCCACUUCUCUUCAUAUCCCCAUCAACAUAUUCCUCUCUAAAGCAAAAGGGCUUGAAGGAGUUGCAAUGGCGGUUUGGAUAACCGAUUUGGUCGUUGUGAUUCUUCUAACGGGGUACGUGAUAGUAGCAGAACGAUCUAAAGAUAACAAAUGGAAAGAAGGUGGCUGGUUAGACCAAUGUGCUCAAGACUGGUUGACACUUAUCAAGCUUAGUGGACCAUGUUGUCUCACCGUGUGCCUUGAGUGGUGGUGCUACGAGAUCUUGGUCCUUUUAACUGGGAAGUUACCAAACCCGGUGCAAGCCGUAUCAAUCUUGGUCAUAGUUCUUAACUUCGACUACUUGCUUUACGCUGUGAUGCUCUCGUUGGGUACGUGCGUGGCAACACGAGUGUCCAAUGAGCUCGGCGCAAAUAAUCCGAAAGGAGCUUAUAGAGCAGCUUACACUACACUCAUUGUAGGUGUUGUUUCAGGCUGCAUAGGAGCGUUAGUGAUGAUAGCGUGCAGAGGAGUUUGGGGGUCUCUGUAUACUCACCAUGACCAAAUCAUCUUAAACGGUGUGAAGAAGAUGAUGCUGAUAAUGGCAGUUAUAGAAGUUAUAAACUUCCCAUUAGUAGUUUGUGGAGAGAUAGUUCGCGGUACAGCAAAGCCGUCGCUAGGAAUGUAUGCGAAUCUUGGUGGAUUCUAUCUCUUGGCUUUGCCUUUGGGAGCUGCUUUGGCGUUCAAGGCAAAACAAGGGCUUGAAGGGUUCUUGAUCGGGUUUUUAGUUGGAAUCUCUGCCUGUUUUACGAUAUUGCUGGUCUUUAUUGCAAGGAUAGAUUGGGAGAAAGAAGCUGGGAAAGCACAGAUUCUGACCUGUAACACAGAGGAAGAAGGUCAUGAUAUGAUCUCAAAUUAAACCUGAAGAAGUGUAUCUUAAAGUGUAAAGAGGUAGAUAGGUACGCCUAGUGAGCCUUAAAGUGGAAAAUGCAAAGAAAGGAGUGGGCAAAUAAGGAAGGAGGAGGUAGAGUCAGAAGAUAGCCUAUGAAGGACAUGUCUUCUGUCUGACCAAAACCAACAAGAAUCUUGUUAAGUAAAGAUUUUCUUAGGGAAAGUGUGUGUUUAGUAAGUUUUGGCCAUUUGGAUCAAACUUGUUUUACUAAUAUGAAAUUUAACAUGAAAAGAUUUUUCCCUUAAGAAAGUAAAGUAACGAAUAAGAAAAAGAAAAGCGCCCACCGUGGGGCUCGAACCCACGACCACAAGGUUAAGAGCCUUGCGCUCUACCAACUGAGCUAGACGGGCUGUUGAUAGUAAACCACAGUAAAUUGUAAUAGUCGUAAAUACUUGACCAAUCUGACUCCUCUAUUGGCACUAAUGCUUUUACGGUUUUACCAUAUAAAGAACUCUCUCUUUUACAGCUGAAAGCUAAGGAUAUUUCUAAAAAAAAACUUGAGAACCAAAAGACAUGGAUUCUAAGUGAGUUACCAAAAUUUACUAAAAAGAAGGAAUAUAAA